AAACUGACAAAUGCUAUUGCUUCAGUGGUGACAGGUUGUUCAGCUUCUUACAGCCAUCUUCCUUAAAACGAAGGUUAACGCCUUUUUUUUUUUUUUGCCUGAUGGACUCCACAUCGUUUCAGUUCCGAAGGACGUGAAGGAGUACUGUUGCUUUGGUCAUUUUUAAUCUCCUACUUAGGAGUCGUUGUCACUGUGAUUGUGUGCCAGAGUUGGAUUUCAACAUCUGGACGAAUUAGAAAAGCAUGCAAGACAAUACUUCAGAAUCUUCUACUUCAAUAACUCAACUUCUGAGAGAGAGCUAUUUAGCUGAAAACAACCAUCAAGGGAAUAGCGAACGAAGUAGAUCAGAACCAUCUUCACAUUCUUUCCGCACUUCUGGGACUUCGGACGAGGUGGCUGGCCAAGAUGACCUUCCGGAUCUUUCUGCCUUUCUGAGCCAGGAAGAGCUGGAUGAAAGUGUGAACUUGGCAAGGCAAGCCAUCAAUCAAGAUCCUCUCGAGAACAAGCAAGACGAACAACAGAUACACGUCUUUUACCCCUCUGAGUUGAAAAGCUCGGGAAAUACAGUUUCAAACAAACAGCAGUUCCAAUCGACGGCCUCACCAGUUUCAGACAGCAGUCUAAAGAAACAGCCGAUUGGUUCAGAGGCAGAGUCCAAAAAGGAAUUCCUCAACAAGGCAGCGGAUUUUAUCGAGGAGCUUUCUUCUCUUUUCAAAGCACAUAAUUCAAAAAGAAUCAGGCCCAGGACAUGUAAAAACUACAAGAGCAAACUUGAAUCUAAAAAUAAGGCUGCCCAAGAAAAUAGUUCAGGUUUCUCCAAUCUGUCCGAAAACAGAGAGAGGCCUUGUGUUCCAGUACCUCAAGAUUUAGAUAAAGCUGAGCACACAUUUGAAAAGCCAGAUAACCCUCAGGAGGCAGACUUGGAAACUGUAAAUAAAUUAGGAAGUUCAGGGUUAACCACCGAGUUGUCAACCACAUCCUUUUAUUCAGAGGAGCCUAUAGGCCAACCGCCACAUUUUACUCAAAAACUGAAGAGCAGGGAGGUCCCUGAAGGAACCAAAGUGCAGUUGGACUGCAUUGUGGUAGGAAUUCCAGCACCUGAAAUCAGGUGGUACUGUGAAGGAAAAGAGCUUGAAAAUUCGCCAGAUAUUCACUUCAUCCAGUCAGGACAGCUCCAUUCACUGAUCAUCGUUGAAGCUUUCGAAGAAGACACAGGACGUUACUCCUGCUUUGCUUCGAACAUCUAUGGGACAGACUCAACCUCUGCGGAGAUUUAUGUAGAAGGAGCCUCGUCUUCUGAAUCAGAAAGUGACACCAGCAAAGAAGAAAUGGAUCAAUACCCAAACCGCACAAAGAUGUCUUCAAAUGUGCCACCUCCUCCUGUUAAUGCCACGGUCACCCAUCAAGAAGCAGCCAAACCACAACCUUCGAUGAUACAUCCUGUGUCGAUACCUGUCCACCACAGUCAAAGCCCCACUAACUAUUUACAAGGACUGGAUGGAAGACCCAUAAUAGCUGCUCCAGUGUUUACUAAGAUGCUGCAGAACAUAUCAGCCUCUGAAGGUCAGCUGGUUGUGUUUGAAUGCAGAGUGAAAGGAGCUCCUUCUCCAAAGGUUGAGUGGUACAGAGAAGGGACAUUGAUAGAAGACUCUCCAGACUUCAGAAUAUUACAGAAAAAACCUCGCUCUAUGGCUGAGCCAGAGGAGAUUUGCACAUUGGUCAUUGCUGAGGUCUUUUCAGAAGAUUCUGGGAGUUUUACGUGUACCGCAAGCAAUAAGUAUGGGACAGUCUCCAGUAUGGCUCGUCUAAAUGUAAAAGGACCUGAGGACCAGAACAGCAACGCUGCCCUUCAUACUAUAAGUUCAAUCAGUUUAGUUGCUGCUGAGCACCAGCCCCCUGCACCCAUGCCUUCGCUCCCAUUGGUGGAACAGCCUCCAAAACCUAAACUGGAAGGAGUUCUUCUAAACCACAAUGAGCCCCGGUCAAGUUCCAAGAUAGGCCUUCACGUGCACUUUAAGCUGCCGGAAGAUGACAAAGGAAGUGAAGCCUCAUCAGAAAUUGGAGGAGGGCCUACAAAUCAAAUCAGACCAAACUGCUUCCCGGAUAAGAUCAAUGGGCAGAUAUUUAAAAAUCAGGAGCCCAGCUCACCUUCAAAAGAGCCACCUCCGGUGUUGGCGAAACCAAAAUUGGAUUCCACCCAGUUGAAACAGCUACACAACCAGGUCUUGUUUGAGCAGCAGCAAAUUCAACAGCCAUCUCCCCCACCUCCACGGGAGCUGUCAUUCAAUAUUGGCACGUUGAACUCUGCCACUUUGCCUAACCACCAGCAGCAGCAGCAACCGUCAUCAACUACAUACAAGCAGAACAAGGGUCCCCCAACACAGACAUUCACUUACACCCGGCCUAAACAGUUCCUGGCAUCUCAGAACACCACCCCAGUGGCCAGCUCCUCUUCCAGCUCCCCCAUGCCAUCAUUUAGCAAUGCACCUCAAGGAACCCAGAGAACCAACAACAAGGAAAACUUCUUAGGAUCUCCUCCACCAGCCCAGACAAGAUCUCCAGGAGGCUUGACAAACCAAACCGAACAGCCUUUUACAAGUCCCAAAGAACCUGUGUUGCCACCACUGUUGCUUUCUGUGUCUAGCAUGAACCAGUUCCAGCCCCAAAAUAUACCUUCGACACCUCUCUCUCCAACUGGUCGGAUUCAGAACCCAGUCGCCUUCCUCAGCGCAGUUCUUCCUUCACUUCCUUCUACACCCCUAACGAAUGCCAUGGGUCUACCUAAAAGCGCACCGGCUGUAGGAAGCCAGGGAACUUUGAAGAAAAACCUCAGGCCCUCGCAGAUGGCAGCAGAGGAGUCUAUUAGAAAUCAGAAAGCUGCUGUUGUCAAAGACCUGGAGAGAAGACUGUAUUUACGGGAUGAUGCAUUUCCACACAGCCAGCAGAGAACAACCUGUGAUGAAAAUCUGGUUCGCAGGCUUCAGGGACCAAGCAAUGAUAGCCCAAUCUUCAACUUUACAGCUCAGGAUGUAUCCAAGGAAUAUAAAAUUUCCAACUUCGAGCAGAGGCUGAUGAAUGAAAUAGAGUUUCGCCUGGAACGUACUCCAGUGGAUGAAUCCGAUGAUGAAAUUGAACAUGAUGAGAUCCCGACGGGCAAGUGCAUUGCCCCAAUCUUCGACAAGAGACUCAAGCAUUUCCGGGUCUUGGAAGGGUAUCCUGCUACCUUCACUUGCAAAAUUGUUGGAAUCCCUGUACCCAAGGUAUAUUGGUUUAAGGAUGGCACGCAGAUUUCAAAGAAAAAUGAACAUUUCAAGAUGAGCAGAGAGGGUGACGGGACGUGCUCUUUGCAUAUUGAAGCUACUACAAAUGAUGACGAUGGGAACUAUACAUUCAUGGCUGCAAAUCCACAGGGGAGAAUCAGCUGCUCUGGUCACUUGAUGGUUCAGACUCCGCCACGUGGAAGAUUAACAACAGCUAACCAGUCUCACAGGGGAAGAUCCCGUAUACCAGAAGGAGAUAAGGAACCUGUACAGGAGCGCUUUUUCCGGCCAUAUUUUCUACAGGCACCUGGGGACAUGGUGGCUCACGAAGGGCGUCUUUGUAGACUGGACUGCAAGGUGAGUGGGUUACCACCUCCAGACCUCAUGUGGCUUCUGAAUGGCAAGCCUGUAUUACCAGACACCACUCACAAGAUGCUGGUCAGAGAGACUGGAGUCCACUCUUUACUUAUUGAUCCCCUCACACAAAAUGACGCUGGGAUUUACACUUGCCUUGCCACCAACAAAACGGGACAAAAUUCUAUCAGCUUGGAGCUUAGUGUUGUAGAAAAGGAAGUUAAAAAGGCUCCAGUGAUACUGGAGAAGUUACAGAAUUGCGGGGUCCCAGAAGGACAUCCAGUCCGACUAGAAUGCCGAGUGAUUGGAAUGCCACCCCCGAUCUUUUAUUGGAAGAAGGACAAUGAAACCAUCCCACCCAACAGAGAAAGGAUGAGUAUGCAUCAAGAUGCUACAGGGUAUGUUUGCCUUCUGAUUCAGCCUUCUAAAAAAGUGGAUGCUGGUUGGUACACUUUGUCUGCCAAAAAUGAAGCUGGCAUUGUCUCCUGCACUGCUAGACUUGACAUAUAUGCCCAGUGGCAUCAACAGAUCCCUCAGCCAAUAAAGAUUCGCCCUGGUGGCACCCGGUAUGCAAACCUCACGGGGCAAGGACUCGACAUUUUUUCUGCCUUCUCUACUGUUGAGAAUCCAGUGAGGUUUUCAUCAUCAUCCCAGCCUGUGGUAGAAAGUGAAGAACUUUAAAA